ACAUACAUGCCAAAAAAUGAGACAUUUAUUAUAGUCGACACCCCCCACUUCCACAGCAAGCUUCCUGCAAAAUUUUGAAUUUGAAAAGACCCUUCUUUGAUCCCUGCGACUCGCUUCAUCCCCAUUUUCUGCUUGAUUAUUUGAAAGUUUGAUACAAGUAUAAUUAAUGGGGGACGAAAAAGAUGCAUUCUAUGUUGUAAGGAAAGGCGACAUCGUCGGAAUUUACAAAAACUUCUCCGAUUGUCAAGCUCAGGCCGGUUUUUCUCCACUGGACCCUUCUAUUUCAGUAUAUAAAGGAUAUGGAUUAUCUAAGCAGACAGAAGCAUAUCUUGUUUCACGUGGUCUUCAGCAGGCAGGUUUUUCAAUCAGUGCAUGUGAUGUACAAGAUGGACUUUUUGGGAACCUCUCUGUUUGUCCAUUUCAGGAUGCUGGUUGUUCAAGCAGCUCGACAGGAAAUCCUCCAAACAAACCUGUCAAGUUGGAGCAUUAUGGUGAAUUUCAAGCCUCUGAUGCUGGUUGUUCAGGCAGCUCGGCAAGAAUUCCUCCCUACAAAACUGUCAAGUUGGAGCAUUAUGGUGAAUAUCAAGCCUCUGUGAGUCCUGCCUGUGUUGCUAUUCCAGGACUAAAUGGAAGUGUUCGGAAAAAUGUUAAUACAGGAUUGAAUAUAUCCUCAGCAAAGCAAAAUUGUGAUGAGUUGAAGAACUACACAGAUUCUGUAGACUUGACUCGUUCUGCACAUGUAUCUGCCGAAACAAGUUCAUUCUUAACCAAUCCUCAGAAGAGAAUUUGCGAGCUAAAAGAUUACACAGAACAACAAAUGGUUAACCCAACCAGUCAAUCUUGUACAAUUGAAUUUGAUGGAGCUUCAAAAGGAAAUCCUGGACUUUCUGGUGCCGGAGCUAUUUUGCGUGCCAACGGUGGAAGUCAGGUUUGGCUUUUGCGUGAAGGUGUUGGAAUUGCUACUAACAAUGUUGCUGAGUAUCGAUCAGUGAUUUUAGGUUUGAGAAUAGCUCUUGAGAAAGGAUUUAAACAUGUUAAUGUUCGAGGGGACUCUCUGCUGGUUUGCAAUCAGAUUCUGGGUAAAUGGAAAACCAAAAAUGAAAACAUGGCCAACCUGUGCAAGGAAGCAUUACAACUGAAGAAACAGUUUCAGUCAUUUACUAUUGAACAAGUUCCUAGGGAGUUCAAUUCUGCUGCUGAUUCUCAAGCAAAUCGAGCCAUUAAUCUAAGAGAUGGACAAUUUGAAAUUGAGAUGACAUCUCGAGCAUAAUUAUGUGAAUGCUUUAAUGGGGUAGCUGCUCGAUUCUUGUUCCUUAAGCUGUAAAGUAAAAUGGUUCUUGAUUGAACUCGGUUUAGGGCCUCAGGUGGAGAUGUUUGAUUUAGGUUGAAAGAUUGUUGUUGAAACUGGAGUUUGUGUUUGUGUAAAUGCUAGAAAACUACUAUUAUACGUAGUAGAACUUUUACGGCUAGACAGCUAAUUCUUGAAGUUGUGUACUGAUAAACAGAUGUUGCUAGUUUAUGGUAAAUUCACUGAGACAUGUGACCAACUAACCAAAUACAAGCUAGUUCCAUCCACUGUCCUCUCCUCCUUUUUCGCCUUGUAUAAAACUGCCAAUAAUUCGAAUUGAUCAAUCUCUUUAAUUGUACAUUGAUUAGUGGACAAUAUGUAAGCAUUUCUUCAACAAAUUAAUGAGAAGACGGCUGGGACGGUCAUUCAGCGGUGGAGACGAGAGAUGAGAGGGUGGAAGCUAAGAGAGGAAGCAAUUAAAUAGGUGAAGGCUAGCGUCAAAAUGAAGAAGUGAAGAUUGACGUUUUUUUUUUUUUUUUUUUU